AUGAAUACUAAAGUAGAAUAAGUACCAUUAUUAAAUACAACUUGUUGCUUACACACUUCAGAAUACUUAAAUUUGGUUUGUUUAACACCUACUUGUUUAAGUUAAGGAUUUAUAUGUAAAUUGUGUAGAAAAUUACAUGAAAAUCAUAAUGUUGUAGAAGCUAAUGAAUUUUUGGAUAUACUUAAAAGAUUAGUCAAUUAUGAUGGAAAAUAUAAAACUCCAAAUUAAAUAGAUCCUCUUAUAGGUCGUACUACUUCUAGUUUAAUGGCUAUUAUUGAAGAAUUAGAAAUUUAGAUAGAAUAUUUUAAUGAGAAAUUGAAUUAGAUUAAAACUUAAUUUGAAAAAUAUAGAUAAAUAUCAAAUGAUGUUUGUUUACUAAACAAUCUGAUAUAUUAUGUUUAUGGAGUAGAUUCUUAAUAACCAUUAUUUUAAGAAUAAUUGUAAGGAGUUCUUAAAAGAAUGUGUUUUCAAUAAAAAAGAUUAUCUUUAAUUUCAGUAGCUUCAUGUUAAUCUAAUCUAUUAUUUGUUCCUAAUGAGAGAUUGUAUUAGAAUUUCUUAGAACCUAUAUUAAAUUAAUUGAAAUAAAUAAGAUAAUCAUUAGAUACAAAGAUGAUGUAACCUGAAUCAUAUAAUGUAUUGAAUCUUCAAUUCAAAAAUGGGUUGGAUUUAAUUUAAAAUACAACAUUUAAUUCUAUCAUUUUUGAAUCAGAAAGUUUAACUGAAGAAGAUAAAAUAUUUGAAAAGUUUAUAAUUGAUAGACCAGACAAUAAUCCAUUCAAAAAAUUAAAGAGAUAUAAAUCUGAAUCUAAUCCAGUUGAAGAACCUUGUAAUUAAGGAGUAGGAAGAGUAGAAAAGAUAUCAAUUGUAGCUGGACAUAAAAUGUGGUAUCAUGAUCUAAGUUAUGUAAGAUUUAAACCAAGAAAUUGGGUAGUAGAACCAAGAAAUGCUUGUAUUAUUUGUAAAUGUCAUCCAAAAUUUGCUAGAAUUAAAGAAUUUUUGAAUUGUAAAUAUGGAGAUCUAUAUGGACCUGUUGCAUUAGAUCUCCAUUUAUUUGAAGCAUUUAAAAAAGCUGUUGCAAAUAGAAAAGAGAAAUAAUUUCUUGUAGAAAGAACUGGAAUUUACUUUCAUGAUCUUUGUGUAUAUUGGUCUUCUAUGGUGGAUUGUGAUGAAGUAAAAGGAUCUAUAGAUUUUGAAUCUUUAUGUAAUGCAGUAAGAAUUGCUUAUGAUACAUUUUGUUAUUUAUGCAAGAGAAGAGGAGCAACUAUGAAAUGUAAUAAUAAAGAAUGUAAUGUUUGGAUUCACUAUUAUUGUUGGAAAGAAUUGGAUCCUUCUAAUUAAUAUUUAGAUAAUGAAAGGUUUAGAAUGUUGUGUCAUAGACAUGCUUUAGGUUAAGAUUAUAAACCAGAUUGGCUUUAUUCUAAUUAAAUUGCAUAAAGUAUAUCAUCUUAUUAUUAACAAUAAAAACCAUAAAAACUCUAAAAUUAAGUUAAAAUUACACAUAAAGAAUAAUAUGAAGAAGAUAAUAAAUCAGAUGAUGAUUAAUAAAUUAGAGAUUAAUAUAAAAGAAAACCUAUAGUUAAAGAAUAAUCAAUUAAAUCAGAAUAAUAUUUUAAUAUUCCUGAACCUUAUGAUUAAGAUUUCAUUUUAUGA